AUGGAGGAGACCCACGAGCCUCUGGCCAUGACUGUGCAUCUCCUUGCCAACUCCGGGCAUGGCUCGCUUCUGCAGCAAACUCUGGACCGGCUCCUGGACGGCAUUUUCCCAGAGGUACGUCUCUUUAUGGUGUCAGAGAGGGUCAGUCCGGUGAAAAGCUAUGACAAGUGCCACCCCAAGAGGUCCCGAUUCCCGGGGAUGUCUGUGUUGCUCUUCCUGCAUGAAAGCCUCGGCGAGGAGCGGCUGUUCCGUGUUCUUGACUCCCUACACCGGUGGCCCUGGCACUGCUCCCCUGCCCCGAACAUCCAGGGAAGUCCGGGUCCCUCCCUUCUUGCCCAUCAGGAGUUCUACAGCCUGGACAAUCAGAUGCCCGUCUGGGGCGUGAGGCAGGUGCACUGCGGCACCGAGAUCCUGAGAGUGACGCUCUACUGCACUUUUGACAACUACGAAGACGCCAUCAGCCUCUACGAGAUGAUUCUGCAGAGAGAAGCCACCUUGCAGAAGAGCAACUUCUGCUUCUUUGUGCUCUAUGCCACCGAGCACUUUGCCCUUCAGCUGUCCCUGAAGCAGCUGCCCCUUGGAAUGUCUGUCGACCCGAAGGAGUCUUCCGUGCUGCAGUUCAAGGUUCAAGAGAUUGGCCAGUUAGUGCCUCUCCUGCCCCACCCGUGUGUCCCCAUCAGCCGCACCAGGUGGCAAACGCAGGACUACGACGGCAACAAGAUUCUGCUUCAGAUCCAAUCAAAUCCAGGACUUGGUGUCAGGAAGAGCACCUCCGGAGCUGACACGCUUCCCCAGGGCUGCAGGGUGACUCCUGUCUCCACAAGGAGGGUCCUAGAGCUGAGGAGGCGAAGGAGCCGGAGCAGGAGGUCCAAAGCGGCCUCUCUGGAAUUCCCUGAGCCCAGUGGGAGCCCAGCGUCGGACGGCUGCAGUGGAACAUUAUGGAAAAGCCCUAGCUGCUCAUCUGAGGUCAGCAGGCCAGCCACCAAUGCCCAGCUGCCUCUGCAGCCUCCCCAACUCGAACCCGGGGCUAGAAUGAACGUCUUCAGUCGGAAAAACAGCUUUGAGAAGCUGGAGGCAGAGACCAAUGUUGACACAGGGUAUACAGUGGUCAACUCUGAACCCAGGAAAUCUUUUCUGGGCAGAUGUCCCAAGGCACCUCAGACCAACCAGCCACCACCAGCAUCCUCCUUGGGGGCAGCUGCCUCCAAAAGCAACAGAAUCUUGAAGGAGAGCAUCCAUCCUUUGUCACUUGCUGGCCCCAGGGACCUUGGUGCAAGGAAGAUAAUCUCAAAAUGUCCCUUUCAUCUGCCAGCUCAGGGUGAAGAAAAAGAAGAAGAAGAAUUCUUUAUAUAG